AUGUUGCCCUCAUCGGUGCGCCGCGUCGUGGCCACCACGGCACCCCAAGCCGGUGGCCUCGCCUCCUCUCUGGCGUGCACCGCGCCCAAGGCAGCCGCCGCCUCGGCCGCGACGACAGCGACGCCCUUCUUCCGCGGGCACCAGCGACGCUGCUCCUCAUCGAAACCUUCGAGCUCGAACAACGGGUCGAGCCCUGUGCCCCCCGCGACGGCCGACGAGGCGGUCCAGGCGCGAGGACACGGCAAGGCCGCCGGCGAGAAGAGGAAACGCAAGUCGGCGCAGCGUGCCAUGAAGCACCUGCCGAGCGUGCCCAGCACGCACCACAUGGCAGGCGAAGCCCUUGGCCUGUCCAGCUUCUUCUCCCUCCACCGACCCAUCUCCAUCACGCAGACCAUGCCCCGAUCCAUCACCGACGAGCAGUUUGCGGCCAUCUUCGCGUCGAGGUCCAAGGCGUCCAAGAUGAACGAUGCCAUGGCCACCCUCUCGAGCACCAUCGACCAGCUCGAGGGCCCCAUGGGCUCCAUGUCCAUCGGCCAGGACCCCCAGCCACAGGACCACAUGCAGAGCAUGCAGGUCCGCAACGCCGACGGUUCCGAGUCCAGCAUCUACGUGCAAGUCGACCACAUGUCGGGCGACUUCCUCCCCUUCCGCCCGCCGCCUCUGCCCCAACCGCAGCCCAACCUCGAGGCCGACACGGCCGCCGCCGCCGCCGAGGCGGAGGCCGCUGCCGACGCCGACGCCGCCCACCACCGCUCCUACAAGGCCAUGUUCACCAUUGAGGAGAACACCGAGGCCAACGGCGAGGUCCGCAUCGUGGCGCACAGCCCGCAGAUCCUCAACGGCAACGAGCCCCCGCAGCAGCAGCCGCGCAGCUUCGUCCAGCGCCUCGCCCAGCGCCAGCUCAAGUUUGAGGACGCCCAGAGCACCAGUGGCCGCGACAUGUACGGCCUCAGCGUGCUGCGCCGUCGUCGGCUGAGGAUGAAGAAGAAGAAGUACAAGAAGCUCAUGAAGCGGACGCGCAACGAGCGUCGCAAGCUGGACAGGAACUAG